AUGGCUGGACAACUGCCUAGAAGAAUUAUCAAAGAGACUCAGCGUCUGCUUGCCGACCCUGUGCCAGGAAUAUCGGCGAAUCCGGAUGAGAGCAAUGCGAGAUAUUUCCAUGUAAUGAUCGCCGGACCAGACGACUCCCCGUUCGCCGGUGGAGUUUUCAAGCUCGAACUCUUCUUGCCGGAGGAGUACCCGAUGGCCGCCCCAAAAGUCAGAUUCAUGACCAAGAUAUACCACCCAAACAUCGAUAAGCUCGGAAGAAUUUGUUUGGAUAUCCUCAAGGGUAAGGUGUUUCGUGGUGAAAUGUGUCAAAGCCGAACCAUUUUCAGACAAAUGGUCGCCAGCACUUCAGAUCCGCACUGUUCUUCUCUCUAUUCAGGCUCUUCUCUCUGCCCCGAACCCAGAGGUCAGUCAGACUGAAUUUCAUAAGUUCGUCAAGUUAUUAUUUUUGUAGGAUCCACUGGCAACUGACGUAGCAGAGCAAUGGAAGUCGAACGAAGCGGAGGCUAUCAAGACCGCCAAGCAAUGGACACUUGCUUAUGCUCGUAAGCGGUCUCUGAUCUACUAUGAUUCGAUAUGCCCUUUUCCAGAAGCCUAA